AUGUUGAACAAUGGGGAUGAAAAUGCAGAGUCAAGGAGUCGUCGUUUACCAAAGUCCCUGGGCAUGAUCCUUUCUUUUGUUGAGUACAGCGAUUCUCCAAGUUGCAAUCCUAGAAAAUACGGUGAUGAUAUAUUCAUAACUGCCAAGAUGAGGUUAUCUCCUCGAGGCAUGGCUAACAACAUGAAUGGGCUUGUGCAAGAAAACCAUGAAAAUCAUCCAAGUUCGUCUGGGCCAAACUUAGAGAGUCAUCUUCCCAUAGCUGGUGACAAUGCCAAUGGUUCGCAGGUUCGGUGCCGCCGGAGAAGGACAUGA